AUGCACCGUGCACCUACCGCAGGGCAGCUGGCAGCCUGGCACGCACCCAAUACGACCCGAAACAAAAUGUUCGUGCGGUCGUGCUCCCUUUCUUCUUGGUCGGCGGCGGGAGCAGCAGCAGUAGCCGCGCGCGCCCCCGCGAAUCCUCCUCCUCUCCCCUCCUCCCCGGCCACGCCGCCGCCCAAGCCCGGGUCCAGGUCCAUGGCCUCCUCCGGCGCCGGCGCCGGAGCCGGCCGCGUCCGCCUCGCGGUCGUCGGCGAUGUGCCAGAUCUGGUGCUUUUCACAGGUGAUUAUGGCAACGAGAAUGUUCAACUUGUCAAAAGCAUUUCAGAUCUUCAGUUUCCGAAGGCGGCAAUUCUUGGUAAUCAUGAUUGCUGGCGCACACAUCAAUUUUCAGAGAAGAAGGUAGAUCGUGUCCGUCUUCAGCUUGAAAGCCUUGGUCAGCAGCAUGUUGGAUAUCAAUGUUUGGAUUUUCCAACAAUAAAGCUGAGUGUUGUUGGUGGGCGACCAUUUUCUUGUGGGGGUGACAGGUUAUUUAGACCAAAGCUUCUGUCACAACGGUAUGGUGUCGAUGAUAUGGCAGGAAGUGCGAGGAAGAUAUACGAUGCUGCUACGGCUGCACCAGAGGAGCAUUCUGUGAUACUACUUGCACAUAAUGGACCAACAGGUCUAGGUUCAAGGAUCGAUGAUAUCUGCGGGCGGGAUUGGGUAGCUGGCGGUGGCGAUCAUGGCGAUCCAGAUCUGGAACAAGCGAUAUCCGACCUGCAAAGGGAGACCAGGGUUUCGAUCCCGCUGGUCGUGUUCGGGCACAUGCACAAGAGCCUAGCCUACGGGGUAGGACUCCGAAAGAUGAUCGCCUUCGGAGCCAACAACCAGACCAUAUAUCUGAACGGAGCGGUCGUGCCUAGGGUGAAUCCUGCAGAAGCAAUGAGCCCCUCCAUGAUCUCCACCGGCGAAAGAGAUGAGCUCCAAGAAUCGGGAUCCGUGGGGCCCACCUCACGUGCGUUCACCACUGUCGACCUCUUCGACGGCACCGUCGAGAAGAUCUCUGAGGUCUGGGUUCUGGUGAGCGGGGCCCAGGCUGAGCUCGAGGAGGAGACUGUCCUGUACAAGCGUCCUCGUGAGCAUAUGUGA